UAUCCGUGACGUCGCCUACUUCGGGCUUGCUCAGGUUGUCAGUUGACAGAAGGCACAGAAUAGAAGUGUAACCAGUUGACCUUAUUAGAGAGAUAGGCUAUUAGAAACCCAAAACACCUAACCAGGUCAAGAUGACAAGUCCAACUUUAAUAUCACUGCCUAUGUUGCAAAUGCCUGCAUUCUGUCCUGAAUUCCGGAUAUCUAAAGACCAGCUGACUAUCCUGAUGCCUGUGGCGGUGGCAGCAGCCCUGGGAGGCUACCUAGUGAGCAGGUACAUGAGCAGGCGCAGCUGCAAGAAGGGCCGGGUGAACGCCUGCAUCAGUAAGGACCGGCCCAAGGUGGUGGACAGCUUCGACAUGGAGGACAUAGGAAACAAGGCUGUCUACUGUCGAUGCUGGAAGUCCAAAAAAUUUCCCUACUGUGAUGGCGCCCACUCCAAUCAUAACGACGAGACAGGCGACAACGUGGGUCCUCUCAUCAUCAAGAAAAGGGAUGCCUAACCCGACAGACCAACCAGGAGAACCUUUCUCUGUCUGCCAGCACGUCACCUGUCUGGCCAUCCGAUGUAUACCCAUGAUUCAACACCCGAUUUAAUAACAUUCAACUAAAUGAAUCCAUGUCAAGACCACUGUCAAAAUACCCAUAACAGCAAUAACCAUAACAACAAACUGACGUUUUCAGUUGGGUCGAGAUGCAUUUCUAUUUCUGUUUGUUUAGGGUAUUUGGAGUACUGAAAAUAUAGCCUAACUAGCUUUACUCAGAAAGCUGCACUCAUGGUAAAGAUUAUUUGAAUAAAGGCAACAUUUGUGCCUUGCGCUAAAGAAAGAAUAUUAUGUAUGGUUUAGAUUGAAAUGUAUUUGACCCCAACCUGAAUUUUCUGGAGAUUUGUGAUCUGUGAUAAACAGAGAUCUGAGUCAUUCUCAGUUCAGAAUGUCUCCUGAGAAGAACAUGAAGGUGCUAUGACAGCCUUGAUUACAGCCCAGAGUUCACACCAAUCAACAGACUGUCUAACCGUACCGUUACACUCUGUGACCUAUGUUACACUGUGUGACCUUCUGCACUAAGAACGGCUAAAUGUUUUAGGGGUGCUUCUUUCAAACUUUAAAGAGCAACGUGCAAACUGAUAAGAGAUAUCUGGAAGUGCAAUAGAAUAGAUUUACUCUGUGAAAAGACAUCAUUAAUGUUUCUGCUUUACGCCAUAUUGUCUGUUGUCAUGUAAAAGUAACACAUAAAAUAUAUAUUUUGAUUGCCCAUCUCAGUGGAACUUUCCACUGAAUAUGGCCAUUGACGGUGAUGUAUAAAUGUUGUCUUACGUAAAUGU